AUCGCCAAGCUCGCGCUUCUCUUCAGCUUCACCUUUGCUUUGCUAUGCUGCCCGUUUCCACCUGCGCUCACAGGCGCGCGCGACGGGACCCUGGGCGCCGUGGGGCCCGAACAGGGUGUGUGGCAGCUCAUGCUGGUCACUCUCGUGGCGUAUGUCCUGCUGCCCGUGCGCACGCUUUUGGCAGUGCUGUUUGGGGUCAUGCUCGCGGCGUCCCACUUCAUCGUCAUCGCCACAUCCUUCAACGGAAGAAAGCAGAAGCUCUGGAGACCGCUGGUGGCCAACGCUGUGCUGUUCACCAGUGUCAACCUGUCGGGGGUGUUCGUGCGCAUCCUCACCGAGCGCACCCAGAGGAGAGUCUUCUUACAGGCCCGCAACUGUAUCGAGGAGCGGCUCCGGUUGGAGGACGAAAACGAGAAGCAGGAGCGUCUGCUAAUGAGCCUACUGCCCAGGAAUGUUGCCAUGGAGAUGAAGGAGGACUUCCUGAAGCCGCCGGAGAGGAUCUUUCAUAAGAUCUACAUCCAACGUCAUGACAAUGUCAGCAUCCUGUUUGCUGAUAUUGUGGGCUUCACCAGCUUGGCUUCGCAGUGCACCGCUCAGGAACUGGUCAAACUGCUCAACGAACUCUUUGGGAAGUUUGAUGAGCUGGCAACAGAGAAUCACUGCAGGAGAAUAAAGAUCCUGGGGGACUGUUACUACUGUGUGUCAGGGCUGACCCAACCCAAAGCUGACCACGCCCACUGCUGCGUGGAGAUGGGCCUGGAUAUGAUCGACACCAUUGCGUCGGUGGUGGAGGCUACAGAGGUGGACCUGAACAUGCGGGUGGGGCUACACACAGGACGGGUGCUGUGCGGCGUGCUGGGCCUCAGGAAGUGGCAGUACGACGUCUGGUCAAACGAUGUCACACUCGCAAAUGUGAUGGAGGCCGGAGGGCUGCCCGGGAAGGUGCACAUUACCAGGACCACGCUGGAGUGUCUAAAUGGAGACUAUGAGGUAGAACCAGGGUUUGGCCACGAGAGACACGCCUUCCUCCAGAAACAUCACAUCGAGACUUUUUUCAUUGUCCCAUCUCAUCGACGAAAGAUUUUCCCUGGCAUAAUUCUAUCGGACAUCAAACCAGCCAAGAGGAUGAAGUUUAAGACGGUGUGUUACCUGCUGGUGCAGCUGAUGCACUGCAGGAAGAUGUUCAAGGCCGAGAUCCCCUUCUCCAACGUCAUGACCUGUGAGGACGAUGACAAGAGAAGGGCCCUGAGGAUGGCGUCAGAGAAGCUGAGGAGCAGGACCUCGUUUUCAGCCACGGCGGUGCAGCACUCCCCGGGAACACGCGUCAACCGCUACAUCGGGCGGCUCAUCGAGGCUCGCCAAACAGAGUCCGAAACAUCUGACCUCAGCUUCAUCACGCUGUGCUACAGGAGCCGAGACCGGGAGCGACGGUAUCACCAGGUUUAUGAUGACCAUUACAUCAGCGCCGUGGUCCUGUCCCUGAUCCUCGCCGCUCUCUUUGGCCUUAUCUAUCUACUAAUGAUCCCGCAGGGGAUGGUGGUGCUCCUGCUGCUUGUGCUGUGCGUGUGUUUCCAUGUGGCCUGUGUCAUGUAUCUACACCUCACCAAGGUCCAGUGCCAUCCGGGCUGCCUCACCAUCCAGAUCCGGACUGUCCUGUGCAUCUUCCUCGUGCUGCUCACCUUCUCCGUGUCUCAGGCCAGUGUGGCAGGAUGUGUUCCUUGGAGCAGAGUGGUGGUGGGCGUAAACUCCAGUCUCACAGUGGAGCUUAUCCCAGCGCACACACUCGGGACCGGGCUCACUAACGCCACAGCAGGGGGUAAGAACUGUCCAAACAUGGCUUACGCUCUGCUGUCCUGUGUGGCGGGCACCCUCACCAUCGUACCCUACCUCCGCGUGUCCUCGCUCCCCAAGAUCCUAUUGCUCUUCAUCCUCUCUGUCAUCUACUCUGUUGUCAUGGAGACCAGCGGCUACCGGGAAGCAGUGGGAGGAGGAUUUCUGCACACACGCGGUUAUGAUCCAGUGUUGGCGGUGAUGUUGUUCGCCGGGGCUUUGGCUCUUCACUCUCGACAACUCGAUCUCAAACUGCGGCUUGACUAUCUCUGGGCUACUCAGGACCUGUACUACCAGUCAUAUGCACAGGUUGGAGUUCUGUUCGCCUCCAUUGCAAACUUUAACGACUUCUACAUCGAGCUUGAUGGGAACAACAUGGGAGUGGAGUGUCUGAGGCUCCUUAAUGAGAUCAUCGCCGACUUCGAUGAGCUGAUGGAUAAGGAGUGCUACAGAGACAUUGAGAAAAUCAAAACCAUUGGCAGUACUUACAUGGCUGCAGUAGGGCUGGUUCCUACGACUGCCUCCAAGGCUAAGAAGUCCAUCACCUCCCAUUUAUGCACAGUGUCGGACUUUGCCAUUGAGAUGUUUGACGUCCUGGAUGCCAUCAACUACCAGUCCUACAAUGACUUUGUACUGAGAGUGGGAAUCAAUGUGGGUCCGGUGGUGGCCGGUGUGAUCGGAGCCAGGAGACCUCAGUAUGACAUCUGGGGGAACACCGUGAACGUGGCCAGUCGCAUGGACAGCACUGGAGUACAGGGAAAGAUACAGGUGACCGAGGAUGUCUAUCGUCUCAUCACAGAUGUCUACGAUUUCGAGUGCAGGGGUCAGGUCAGUGUAAAGGGCAAAGGUCAGAUGCUCACGUACUUCCUGAAGGGGCGGAGGCCGGGCAGCAGGCCAGCUCAUUCACAACAGCAACAAACAAACUCGGAGCGGCGAUCCAGCGCCUUCAGCCACGGCAGUGUGUGCACCAGGCUAAGCCCCGCCCCCACGGUCACCACAUACGCCACAAUGAGGACAGCCAGCCCCGGGACCACCAAACCCACCGCGUCCACCAGCACCACCAGGUAUCUGCCCUCUGUCCCUGUGGCCAUGGUCUGAGGGACAUAAAGACCCGCUGCACAGAGACACUCCUCGUCCAAUAGGAAGCCAGUAUUGGGCCCUAGUUUCACGCAGGACUGACCAUGGGCAUUGGAGGAGGCCAGCCCCCUCUCACCUGAGCCCUGUGUGUUGCUUUACUCUGCAGGGUGCCGUGGACAGGAUACAGGAUGCUUUAGCCACGUUGCUCAGUAACCAAUCAAAGGCCAAGGACAUCUCCAGGAAUUCAAACUGUAUCCACCACUUUAACAAGCUAAAAUCUCUAAACAAUGCACAAGUGAUUGUGUAGCACACAAGCCUCCGCUAAUGUAAAGUCCUUUAAUCACUUUAACCUACCCUUUCUCUCAGUAUUAAACCAAAUCAGUGUUGUUGCCUUAGCAACCACUCCUCAAAAUGCCAUUUUCUGUUGCCUUUCAGGUUCUUUAUUGAUUAACUGAAGACCAAUUAGCACAGUUGAAGUCGUUACUGGAGCUGUGUCAUCAGAUGUAAUAUUAGUUUAUGGGGAUGAAGCCAAAUGUUCGUACACGGCGGUUAGUAGUAAAACUUGCCAAACACAGGAGGGCAUUGCCUUGUCAUUGGCGGUUAGGUGGUUUCUUUGUGGCACAAGCCCCUUUACCUUUACCCUCACAUGGCACAUGAGGUGGACUCGGACUCCCUGGGCCUGGCUCAGUGUUUUUAAGUGCAUGAGGCCACUGCUGCAUUAGCUCAUGUUUGCUGUCUGUUUCCCUGUGAUGCUUGACUUCCAGAUUCUUCCUUGUCAAAGUGUAGCAAUAACUUGGUUUGUCUCUUCAGCCUGUUCCCUACUUGCAUGCUGUAGCCAGCUGGACCCUAUUUUGACCUGAUAGUGUAUGUAGCCAAUAGAGUGUGCAUAGCUAGCCACACAAUCUGUAUCUCUAUGGAUCUGAAGCAUGACUUAAACCUUAUUUUCUGUAUUGUGUGAUUGAGUGUGAUUCCUUCCUUCUGAUGUUAUAUUUUAAAAGACAUUUUCAGCGUGCUUGUUUAUUAUUAAGAAUAUUUUAUAUGGUUAAGAUAUUCUGUUAUCUACUAUUUUUAUGAACACUUCUAAAAGCUGCUUUGGUACAAAAGAAAACUGCUGUUUAUGAGGAGACACCCAAACCUCUGUAUCUGACUUCCUCGAACAACCCAGAAGAUUGACUUUGCAGCGAGCAUGCUACUUACAGUGAGGCUAACCACAGUCAGUCUCCUCUAAUCUGCAGAGCCUUACAUUACCAGGCUCGUACAUGCAUGCUUUGAUGAGACAGACACAGCCCGAGCAGCAGGGUGGCUCUUCUCCAUGUAGUUCUCAUGCAUGCGCUCAAGGUAGCAGUCCUCCUUGAAUGUUAGGUGCUUUUUGACUGUGUCUUCUCCAUGAGCUUGGUGUGUUUUGAGGACAUUUCAGGACAGAUUGACAUCAGGCAGGGGGCGGGACUUCUCCUCUCCCUUUCUUCCUGUUGGGGUCAACAGGUAGCUGGUUUUCAAAUGUGCCAACCUAUUUUCAUAAACAUAUCAAGUUGAUCGUGUUGAGCUGUAGCACUACUGAACGUGUGGCUACAGCUGUUGUGGAUUUUCUUUUGUUGGAUGCCUGUAUUUUUGCUGUUUUAAGAUGUUUAAGAUCCUUGCUGGUUUUAUAACAAAACAAUGGCAAGUGUUGAUUUUGGAUAGAUUUAUUGGGCGGCCUGACGAGAUGAACUUGUAGUUUAAAUAUUGUGUAGUCACAAUAGCUUAAGCGCUUUCUUUGAGGUUCAAAUGAGGAUUUUUAUAUACUUGCUUUAACAGUCCGUAACAUUGAUGGAAAGGGUUAUGUACAAUAUUUUUCCUGUAAAUUUCAUAUUUUCUUACUGUAAAAUACGGGUUUCAAUUGUUAUAUGUAGGUAUUACUAGCUAUUACUGUACAAUGUCUUUUUCAGAGCUAUAUUACGAAUGACCAGAUCUUUGUCUUUUGUUGGAGAUGUAUUUAUGGAGCUGUUUAUGUGAAUGUACAUUUUGUUAAAGAUGAUAUUUUAUACUGUGUUUGCACUGCGAUGAUAUUGGCGUAUUACAAAAUAAA